AACCUUACAGCACAAUAAAGCCUAUACAACCACAACCUCACAACGUCCUGAAGUAAACAUGAAUGAACCAUGUUAUAAAUGUGAGGAUGACUGGAAGGAACAUGGAGGAAAUUGCUAUUACUUCUCCACCAAUUCAUCCUCCUGGAAUGAGAGCAGAACUGUAUGUAAAACUAAAGGAGGAGACCUGGUUAAAAUAGACAGCGAAGAAGAGCAGAAUUUCUUGAGGAAAAAUGUUCAACAAAAAAUGGAGAUACAUGACAUCCCUUUCUGGAUCGGACUGACAGACUUAGCAGAAGAGGGCAGAUGGUUGUGGGUGGAUGGCUCCCCACUAAAUGAAAGUUUGACAUUUUGGAGGGUUUUUGAGCCAGAUGAUUGGAAAGGGAAAGAUCCUGAUGGACAGGACUGUGGUAGGAUGGGGCCAGUGUAUUGGUUUGAUAACUCCUGCAACAGAUCUCGUAGAAGUAUUUGUGAGAAAUCAGCAGUGGUCGGACACCAUAUAUUUGUAUGUGUCUAAAAUUCAGGUCAGCAUGUAUUUUUUUAAACAACUUGAGCAGAGUAUGUAAAGCUAAUACCACAAACAUUUAAGCUGCCUUUCAGAAAUGCUCAGUGAAAAAAGAAAUUCUGCAUCGUGUAUAAUAAAAUAAAUGUGAAUAAAUAUUAUGUGCUGCAUGUCGACAUCUGAAACUUUUGCCUGUAAGAAACUUAGACUACAUAAACAGACUUCAAUAUUACUCAAUCAACUCAGGAGGGGAAAGUAGUGCUUAGUGUUCUUAGAUUAUGUGAUAAUUUAACUUGUGGUUGCCUCAGUCAGCCAUGUUAUUGUCUGAUACACAGUGUGCCAUUUCCUGUUUGGUUAAUGCAGCUGUAUUUGCCACAGCUAUCUGGUUUACCGUAAAUAAGAGGAAGUGAAUGUUUACAAUAAAAGUGUAAAUUACAGUGUGCAUGAACAUCAAUGCCAGCUUCAUUGUUUUAAUUCAGUUGAGCAAAACAACACCUAAAA